GUUCCACCGGUAUAUAUAAGGGGUGGAUCACCGUAUUCUACAUCAGUUCAACCGCAACCAUCCACCAACCGACAUCUGCAAAAACCAAAAUGAACGCCUUAACUUUCGUGGCAAUCGUAGCCCUUGCCUCGGCCGUUUGUGGCGAGGACUCUAAGGCUCCAAAGAAACAGGAUAAGCGAGGAGUUCUUGGGCUGGGAUACGGAGGAUACGGUGGCCACGGACUUCACGGAGGCUUGGCUCUGGGUGGUUACGGUUACAGUGGUCUUGGACACGGAUACGUAGCGGCCCCGGCCUACACAGUGGAUCACACGAUAGCCGCACCCGUCGCCGUGUCUCACGGUGCUCACAGCAUCUCUAGUGGACCAAUCCUGUCAGCCCCUAUCCGGGUCGGAUACGAGCACGGUCUGGGAUAUUCGGGACAUAAUUUAGGAUAUUCGGGACAUGGUCUAGGAUAUUCAGGAUUCGGUCUGGGACACGGGCUAGCUUACGGUCACGGGUGGUAAUGCAGAUCCAAGGCAAACGGUUGGCAGAAAGUGCGCGAAUCUAUUUGUAAAUCGGUUUGUUUUUAUUCUUUUUUACUAACGUAGAUUUACCAUUAACCCGCACUUGGAACAAGUGACCAUUUUUAUUACCUUAUGAUGUGCGUAUGUUCAAUAAAAAUCCACGUGGAAUAACA